CAUAUUGUUCAAGCAAAAAUCAUCUUUUUUUUGUUCAGGACUUUUGUCCAAGUGUGCUUACUCUACACCUCCGAAGUGGCGUCUGGGAUUGCAGUUCAACAGGACUGCAGAGUAGUGUAGGAUAAUGAAGCAGGACUCCAACCUCCACAAAGCAAAGCGCGUCAGGUGUCCAUCGCAGCGCUCACUGGCAGGGGUAGAAAAGCGCUGAUCUAACAUCCAAGUGGAUACAGCAUUAAUGCUCUUUUCUGAGCUUAUACAUUUGUGCUUUUUUAUUCAGGUCAUCCUCUUAGCAACGCUGUGACUCUCACCAACGAACACUGCUCCCAAUGUUUACUUCUACAGCAUGUCCUCUCAAGCCAGGGAAAAGUAAUGUUUUGUUUUGCAGACAAUAAUUGUGUUAUGCGUGUGUUGAAGAGCCACUAUGUUUGCACGGCAUGUAUUCAAAUUGCUGUACGGAUAAUACAAUAGACAUUACAGUUUGCGCACUUGGGCAGCUUCCUCUCUCGGGCAGCGAGCUGUUGUCGACAAUUUGAGAUCUUCUCCAGCUCCAUGAUGGCGAUGUUUCGGAGCUUUGUCUCAGCGAGCACCCAGCUCCGCCAGCAGCAGCAUCCCACCAGCGGCACAGGCUCUCUGUCUGCCCCGGCGGAGGGCAUCGAGAGCCAGUUCUCUUGUCCGAUCUGCCUGGAGGUCUACCAUAAACCCGUCAGCAUCGCCAGCUGCACUCACACGUUCUGUGGAGAGUGUCUGCAGCCAUGUCUUCAAGUGACCUCGCCCCUCUGCCCUCUCUGUCGUGUUCCCUUCGACCCCAAGAAAGUGGAUCGCUCUUCCAGUGUUGAAAAGCAGCUGGCCUCUUACAAAGCACCCUGCAGGGGUUGUAGCAAGAAGGUGUCUCUGAUAAAGAUGAGGUCUCACAUUGCCUCUUGUUCUAAAGUACAAGAGCAGAUAGCCAACUGUCCUAAGUUUGUUCCUGUUGUACCCACCUCUCAACCUAUACCAAGCAAUAUUCCGAACCGGUCAACAUUUGUGUGCCCGUUUUGUGGGGCAAGACACCUGGACCAGCAGGAACUGGUGAAGCACUGUAUGGAAAACCACCGUAAUGACCCUAAUAAAGUGGUGUGUCCAGUGUGUUCCGCCAUGCCAUGGGGAGACCCUAGCUAUAAGAGCUCAAAUUUCCUCCAUCAUCUCCUCCACAGACACAAGUUCUCUUAUGAUACCUUUGUUGACUACAGCAUCGACGAGGAGGCAGCACUGCAGGCAGCUCUGGCCCUAUCACUGGCUGAAAACUGACAACAGUCAAACCAUCACCAUCCUCUCACUGUCAACUCAAAGUCCACCGUUACUGCACUGCUGCUGCUCCUCCAUGGCUCCGAAGGUAACUUCCAGCCAACAGACUUUUACCUGACCCAACCAGGUCCACACUCCCCACAGAAAGCCACACCACAAAGUUCAAGCAGCUUCAGAUGUGGUGAUAACGUUGCUUCCUUUUGAUGACCAGGAUGUUUGUCCUGGUGUAGCAGAGCAGCAAGUUUUCUAUGCUACAAAACAAAGGCAGUUUGGAAAGAGCGUCUUUGGAUAUCUGGAUUUGAGGAAAUAAUACCUCCAGCGGGUUUGGAAGUGAACCAUAUCAAAAGAAGUUAAGUUGUUUGGACCAACCUUCACAUAACCUAUCACACAAUGACCUUAAAGAACCCCAAGCUUAGAAACUGUAUAUUCACUCACAGCUUUCCUCCAGACCUCCGCAGCAUGAAGGGCUACCUCCAUGUUAAUACUGUCUCACCUUUGAGCAUAAAAAAGUCAAAGCCUGCUGAUUCUAAAACCGUCAUCAGUGGUUCAGGUCUCUGACCACAGACACAUGUCAAGAUGUCCUGAGUGCUGGUGUUCACUGUUUAGUCUGAGACAUUGUGCGCUGGAUCAGGUUUGAACAAUCAAAUACAGUACCGAGCCUGCAAGAGCAAAUGAGACAGCAUUCCAGAAAGAUAUAGAGAAAAGUCCAGUAGAAAACACAGUGUGUCAAUAGCCCUCCUGUUUUUGAGUUGGUAUUUUGUACAUAUCUGUACUGGUUUUAAAAUAAGCAUAGGCUUAUUCACCAGAUUCACAACAGAAGAGUUUAUCCUGUUGCUUUGCAUAAAAGAAAAAGAAAGUCUGAAACCCAUGAUCUGGAAGGGGCGGACAGUCUGAACUGAGGACACACGGGCUAACAGUUUUCCUGUAUUAAUACAUUCAAAAAGAUGUAUCACAGAUUAUUAGCUAAAGCCAGAAAGUAUGUAAAUCUCAUAUAUUUUAAGAUAAAUGUGAAAAAUGGUCUUGAGGUAUAAAACAAAAAGUAAAGUAUUCUAGCUGUUGGUGUAUGAAACCCGACCUUCAAUGGUCUAAAUAGAAAAAAUAAUGUCAUCCCUUUAUAUUUGAAGAUUUUGUAUUUAUUUAUUUUCUACUUACUGUUCAUUUCUAUGCACACUAUAUUACAUUUGUUUAAUAAACCACUAAAGAAGAGAUAUUCUCAUUCUAAGAUUAUAACCUACCCAGUGUAGUAUUCUUAAUGAGCCCAACUUUUCCGUCCUAUUCCAGCCAGCUUUGCUGUAGCACAUCACUUUGAGACUGAAGGCCUUUCUCUGGCUCUCACUCCAAAAUUACAAAUAUUUAACAUUUUCUACUGAAAAAACAGAAUUACCACAAGUAAACCACAAAAAGCCAAGGAGAGUUCAUGAUAUACCCGUUCAAAUGAUUGAUGGUCAUGAUUUAUACAACCAAUGUAGAAUGAAUCCACUACAUGUGUUCUGAUAUCAAUAAAAACAUAAAAUGCAAUAUCUUUUUGGCAUGUAUGCCAAUCAAUGCACUGAUCCAUUACCAUCAUUUAGAAAUUCAUUAAAUCAACCUCAAAUUAAUCUAUACGUAUUAAGGCCUACGUGGAUAAACACUAUUUUAGAGCUGCAAGAAUUAGCAUUGUGCUGCCAUCAGAAAGUGAAACAUUAGACAAAGCAGGCAAAAUGUCCAUAACCAGUGUUUUACAAUCAGAAAUGUAAGACUUUUUAAACUUUUAAACAGUUCUCAAACUGGUAAAAUUCAUGAUUCUUGUUAAUAAAAAUGUUUUAUUCGACAACUCAUUGGACCUUGAGCUAUGCUACAAAAUGCUACGCUAAUGCUAAAACGUAUGUUAAAUCUAACGUGAGAUAACAAGAACUUCACUUUGCCGUGAACUGAGUCUUGGCCAUGCUAAAUUAUUCACAUUCAUUCACAUGCAUCAAACUAGCACUGAGGGCUUCAGCUCAUUCUCAGUGUUCAUGUUGUUUUCACACUCUGUCUUGUCCUUCAGCCGGCCCUCCUAUAUCACACUUUCUUUAACCCCAACUUCAAUGCACACUUCAAACCCUGAUUUCUGUGGCUUCUUAAAAUCUCAGUGAUUUGCCUGAAGGCUCACACACACAAGCUUAAGAUAUAAAGGCUUGAAGUCAUUUUAGAAUGAUAUGAGCUUCACUUGAGAACAUUGAUGGUAGUGGGUAAGGUCAGACUCUGAGACAUUAUGGUCAGUCUUGAUUUCAGAUGAAACUGACAGGUUGUUAAAGCUGACAGUAUGAGAACCACUGAUCAGCCUGAUCAUGUUUUCUAUAAUAUAGAGUUAUUGUUGUUCAAGCGGAUAUGACAAAUUCAUUCCACUUCUUUCUGUCUUUGUCAGCAGACUGUUCCAGUUAAGGUAUUUUAAUGUCCUGAUUGAAUUCAACAACAGCUGGACUCAUGGGUUGAAUUAUCCCAAGAGCCAAACAUGGAAACACUGAAGCUACUAGAGCUGAUAGAGACAGACAGCCAGAUAAGAUCCAAAUCAGUGGGGAAAGCUGGGUGUGAGACUGAUUCUGUUUCCUGGGAUGUUAAGAAGAUAAACAAUGUUUAUAUAUCAUGACUCUGACAUAGCAACAUCAAAAGAUGUCUUCACACCUGAUAAGCCCAGCUGAAGCUUAUCCAUAACUGUCCAUUCCAGCUUCACUGAACGCUUCACAGAGAGAGACCAAAAGAUGAACCAGAUCAAACUGAAAUCAUAAAAGAAGGAUCAUUUUUUCAAUGUGCUUAAUAACAGACAUCCCAUCCACUUUCACUCCUAAUGCAAAGCCACACAGCUCCUAUUUUUUAUUGAUGUGAAUAUUUGCACUUAUAGGAAAUGUUUCUACCAGAUUGAUCUGUAGAUAUAAGUUGGAAAUAAAUCACUAAGGAUGGAGGUGUAUUGAGGUCUGACCUCAAUGUUACCAUUAUUCGCUUUUCAGCUGCCGUUACAAGAAAUAUUUUUAUGAGCCAAGCAGAGUAAUAAACAUAUAUUUUUGGGAAAAUAUUUCUGUUCAAACCACUAGACUAUCAGAUAUUGAUCCAGUCUUUGUCUGCAGCUGUGUCGAAGGGAACUGUCUCAACCCAGAAGUCUGAGUAGUGUAACCAUUAGAUGGCAGUCUUUCUCCAGAUACUCGGGUCACACUGACACACGAGGUCAUGUUCUGUGUGGAGGCAGUUUGAGGAGAAAUCAGAGGUGUUACUAAGGUAAUGUUAUCUUAAAAUAAUACAGGAGUCUGUUGCACUUUAUUUCUUUCAGCUUAACUCAUUGAUUGCGUCACAGUAAAAUUGUAAAUUCUAUUUGUGUAAUCUUGAAUUUUUCAAUUCAGUUUCAUUGUUUUUUUUUUAAUUUGUAAAAGAAAAACAUGAAAAGUGUCAGGGGUAAAAAAUGAUUUGAUUGAGUUAUAAGUUAUUAGUUCUGUUUGUGUUUCAAAACAUUCAAAUAUUUGUUAACUUAUUGUUUUAAUGGGCAGCAUGUGCAAUUUGUUUCCUCCAUUAAUGUUUCUGUGGUUAAAUUAAAAGGAAUCUACUGAGGAUGCUUUUAAUGCAACACCAGAAAAAGAAAACAGGUGAAGAAUCCAUGCCACAGAAAGUUAAGAUAUUCUAACCAUGAAUUCACAUCAUUGUGUGAUGAGCAGAACAAAGUUGAAUAAGUGUUUCAGGACAUCAGCUGAGGAUCAUGGCAGGUCUAUGAUUGCACAGUUGGUCAUUUGAGGCCUCCAAACACUUGGACCCAACCAAAACAUUUGUUUUCAAAUGUGUUUUUUAAUUACCUUUAACAACAAGCAUAUAUAUAUAUACUGUAUAUGAGUGAUACAUCUUUGUUUGAUUAUCUGGCAUCUUAGUGCCAUGUCAGUGGUUUUGGAAAGAAGUUUUGCUCUUGUAUUCAGAAUUCAAACUUAGAUAACGAUGUGAAACGACAUCUGAAUAUGGUUAUUAUGGAAUCUUAAAAUGGGUCAAAAUUCAAAAAUGAAAGAAGAAUUGAAUGUGUGUUUGGACUGCACAUUAAGCUGUUUAUUUUCAGUGUGUCAUUGGCAUACAUGGGACUGUUUGCUGUUGUUAGUGUCACUUGUCUACAUUCAGCACAUGAACAGUGAAGAGUUGAAUUUCUUGAUUUUUCCUCAACCUUUGUCAUGUUUCCUCUUCUGUAAAUUGCAUAUCUUUUUUCUAAAUUAAAAAAAGGAAAUCUUUCAUAUAAAAGGAACUUUUUGUAAAAUAUUUGAAUAGAUUUCAAUCCGCCUUCUCCACAUAAACACAAUUUCUUCUUCAGUUUGUUGUUUUGAUAUUUAUUUUAAUGAAGCAAUCUUUUAUAAAUGAUUGUUACCUUCUUACCUCUGUAGCAGAAUCCUUCCUUCUUUUUUUGUUACACGUUGUGUUCUCCGUGUUUACUUGCUUGUUUUUGAACUUCUUGGUUGAACACAUUUUAAGAAAUGUAAAGAAUCUGUGUUCAAUCCUUGUUUUGAAUUGUUACAUUUAAUAUCUCGUGUAAUUGUUACUGCUCAUCACCAAUUAUCUUUAACAGGCAGCCAUUAAGAAGAGCAGAGUGUGUAUGACUGUAGAAUACUGUAGAGGCUUUGUGCAUUGAUAACCAGGACGUUCUUAAACAUAUUUAAUGCUAACAUGGAGGUGUAUGAAAACUGUCUGGCUAAAAAUGGUUCAAAGGACCAGUUCAGAUUUUGGUUCACAUUGUCUGAAACUAAUACUCAAAUGCAAUAUAAAUGUCGAUGAAUCUGGCUUUAGAUUGCAUUUUUGCAUAGAUCAAGGUCUGUUGUAUUGUUAAACCUGGACUACAUGUAGCUAACAGGUUGUCACAGUAUGUUUGGACCAAAUUGAGCUGAGUUCUCUUGAUUGGCAAGACACCAGAAAGCCCAUUCUCAAGAACAGAAAUCACAUUUUAGUUUGAUGUUUUUACCUUUGGUAUUAAGAGUCCUGAGGAAACCUGAACUGCCUAAGUUGGUCUUUAACAAGUUUUACAUAUUAUAGUCCUAAUGAUUUUGUAAUGAUGUCAUCAGGUACAACAGAAGACUUGGGUCUUUUGAAAAUGUGUUAGGUCAAAAUAUGGGAAAGCAUUAAUGUGGGGAUGUUUCAGCCAUGAUGAAAAUCAGUUGUUAAUUCUGUCUGUCUUGAAUCCCCCUUUAUAGAUGUGCAUGUCCACAAUACAUACUUGGAGUAACCUGUAAUUUAAAAUACGACAACCAGCAAAACAGUAAUACAAGAAAAACAAGAAUUCAGAUGUUGAAGGAAGUCUUUUUAGCAAGUGUACAAAAAGAAGAGGAACAGUUAAACAAUGGCCAAAAAUUAACCCCCGAAGAACAGGCUAAAACUGAGAAAAAUAAUAGGUGGGUAAUAUGUUGCUGUUACCAGCAGAAAUGUUCAGAAGAGUAAGAAUGUAAGGCACAUCAAAUGAGCACACUGGCUUAGGAUGAUUGAUUCACUUUUAUCUUUCCCUGUGGUAGUGUUUGUGUUGAAACAGACAAGGUUGAAAGAAACAAGUAUUUGCUAAGACUUGUAAAUGUAAAGUUCACCUUCAGUGUGAAUAAAUAUGCAUUCUCUUUAACAAAGUAAUAACAGUCAAAAGAAGUGCUUGCAGUGACUCUGCUGCUGCUAGAGAUGAGGAUUCUGAUGUCUGGGGUUCUCCAGUUGUUGCACUGCUUGGGGUUUUAUCACGACACUAUGAGGAUGUUUUGUAGCAUUUUUUCUGUUUCCCCCUAAAUAAAAAGAAAAACACGGA